AUGAGUGAACAUUCAAACUCCAUUGAAAUUGUGUUAAAUGAAAAUCAAAGGCUUCGUGCUGAGGAUAAAUCAUCCUGUAAUAUCCAAAGAUAUUUAUCAGUUAAGUUUCCCAAGUUACCAAAUGCUCCCUUGAAAGACUUCAAAACUAUGCCUUUCGUUGUUCAAAACAAAAUGAGUUUGGGAGAUAUAUACAUUUUGAAUGAAACCAAUCAAAGCUAUAAAGUUGUUUCGAAAGAUCAAGAUCAAUAUGGAAACAGAGCUUUUUUCCACUUCUAUUUUGAUCAAUAUAAAGGAAUUAAAAUUAUAGACCAUGGCUCUAUUAGUUUAGAGUGUGAACAUGAUGAAAUUCCUGGAGCAGAAGAAAUAGAAAGUGAUGUUACAACUCCGUUCUCUGAAUUAACAAGAGAAACUACUUUGGAUACUGAAGUAGUUGACACUCCAUUAUCAAGUAAUACAUCCCAAGGAACAGCUACUAAUGAAAUUUCAAGAGUUUUAGCUUCAAAAUCUAUCUACAACCCACGUUAUACUUCAAUAAAACCUUUUGCAAUUUACUAUACAAACCAAGAAUUAAAUAUGGGAGGAUAUGAAAAAACCAUGUAUGAUUGUAUUGAAGGUAGCUCAAAAAGUGAGAAACUUGAAAAAAUAUUUAUUGGAAGCUCAGUGUAUACAUCACCUCCUACUCGAGAUGAUCCACGCCCUGUCGCAUUUUAUAUUUUUAUCCUAAUCAUAUUAAUUAUCAUAGCAGAUGGAAGAAAAUCUUUAUAA